AUGACCCAGCAAUUUCCUAGGCAUUUCCUUUUCCUUCCACGAACGACACCCAAGAGAGACUUUUCCAAGCCUCCUUUUAGGAAAUCUGCACUCGCACUAGGGCUCAUAGUCGGUUUUCUCGUCCUCCUAAUAACCACCCUCGUGAUGAUCCGCAUCAAGACCGGCCCCGGCUUCAUCCGCGCCCUAUUCUCGCGCCGCUCCAAACGCGGCCGCAACGGCAAACUGGCCAAGGAACCCAGCUCCUCUACACACAGCGCCGAUGAUGUCGCGUCCGUCCGGUCGACAGUGAAUCAACGGACGAUGGUCUUGGUGGAUAAGGAGCUUGAGAUUCUUGGGCUGUUGACGGAUCCUCGGAUACCGCCGGCGAUGGGCCAAAGCCAGCACCAGAACCAAAUCCAUCCACCCGCUCCACAGCCAUCGAGCACAAUGACCACGCUUGUGAUUCCAGUAUCUGGACAGUCCUCACAGUCGUGCCUUAAACCACAGUUGCACCUGCAAACAGAGUCAUGCGACACCCUGUCCGCCCAACGCUACGAACCCCUCACCCCGACAUCCCCUCUCCUCCCGCCACCCCCAUCGCUCUGGCUCCCCCUCCAACGACCAUCACAAGCCGCAAGACCAAGCUCAGAACGCGGUGUAGCAGCGACACGCGUCGAGAUAGAAGAAAUAUACACGGACACCAUGACCCCGCUCAGCCCGUCACCAAGCCAUCUGACCUUUGCUACGCGGUCAUCCGGCGUCUUCCCCUGCGGCUUCGAGCCGUAUGCUGUUGAUGAUGGGGCUUGUCCGGUCUCGGAUCGGAUGUCGGAGGAUACGGUGCUGGUGCUGCCAUCGCCGCCGAGGGUUAUUAGGGCGUAUGGGUAUGCGAGGGGGUAG